AUGAAACUUUUAAAGUGGACUCCUGAUUUUGACCCCAACAAAGAACUUCCCAUUGUCCCCAUUUGGUUUAAGCUACCUGGCCUUAAAUUACACUUUUUCAACCUCAAAGUCCUCUUCAACAUUGGCAAAGCUUUGGGAAGAACUUUGAAUUUGGAUGCCCCCACUUUUAACUUAUCCAGACCUUCUGUAGCCAGAAUUCUGGUUGAAAGAAACAUCACUUUACCAGCUGUGGAGGAAAUUUGGUUAGGCACUGAGCAUAGUGGAUAUUGGCAAAAAAUCAUAGCUGAGCAACGACCUUAUUAUUGCCAUCAUUGCAAAAUAUUUGGCCACACUGAUGAGAAAUGCUUUAGACUUCAUCCCAAUCUCAGAAGGAAGCUUCCCAUACCUCAUUCUGAAGACUUAGAGUCACAUGGCAUUGAGUUGCCAACUGUUGCUGGAUUUGCUGUCAAUGCUCCUGACACUGUUCUAGAGUUGGCAGAAUUAUCCCUAGACAUAAAAAAAGAGAAUGUGGAACCAAAUAAUCCCCCCCAAAAUGGUCUUGAACCUUUGACUGAGCAACUUCCUCUCCUGCCACAAUCUACUCAAGUUGAACAGACCCAUUGUACUGAACUUCCUACACUCCCUGUUGAUUGA